UCCGUCGGCCGCCAGCCGGAUAGAAAAAAGUUCCACCUCGUAAACAGAUAACGGUCUUCUUACCCGCUCUCACUUCCGCAUUUCGUCGAGCACCUGUGAGGCCGCAAUGCCGCCGUCUCUUCUCCUUCAGCACGCCCCAUGCGCUCGCCCCACUGCCAAGCGCACCGCGUCCCUCUUUUCCGCCGCGGUGCUCGCCUCCAAAGAUGGCGGGGGAGCGCGUCCUCCGAGGCCGCGCCCGCGCGGUAAGCCUCGGUUCUCGCGGCAAUCGGCCAUCAGGAAGAGCUUCCAGCAGGAGCAGGUGGUCUUCUCCACCCCCGUGUCCCCCGACCCCACCGUAGCCGUCAUCGGUGGCGGCGCCUCCGGCCUCGCCUGCGCCUCCGCCCUCGCCGCCCGCGGCGUCCGCUCCGUCGUCUUCGACACGGGGAUGCACGGCUUAGGUGGGAGGAUGGCGACCAGGGCGGUCGACGACGAGCGGCAGCUGGUGUUCGAUCACGCGGCGCAGUUCUUCACUGCCAGCGACGAGAGGUUCCAGAAGCUGGUCGAAGAGUGGGUCGAGAGAGGGCUGGUCCGGGAAUGGAGGGGCUCAAUCGGCGAGCUCGAGGCUGGUGGCCAUUUUAGACCUAUCCAUUCCUCGACGCCAAGGUACAUCGGCGUGAACGGAAUGCGCCCGCUUGCGGAUGCAAUGCUGCCUGAGAACGACCUGAUUAAAGUUAUACGACCUUCCUGGAUAAGCAAGCUGGAGCCAUUCAACGGUCUAUGGCGCUUGUUUGAGAAUGAGAAGCCCCGGGGUCAGUACGAUGCAAUUGUAAUAGCACAUAAUGGGAAAUGUGCCAACCGUCUGCUUUCGACAUCAGGUCUACCCCAACUGACUAAGCAAAUGAAGAGACUAGAGCUGAGUUCUGUCUGGGCACUACUUGCAGCGUUUGAAGGUCCUUUUCCAAUCCCCCAUAAUAAUUCUUAUGGCACAUUUGAAGGAGCAUUUGUGAGAGGUGUUGAUUCUCUCUCUUGGAUGGCCAACAAUACUCGGAAACUCUUCCCUUUUGAGACAGACAGACCUGAGUGCUGGACAUUUUUUAGCACCGCUUCUUACGGAAGAAGAAACAAAGUUCCACAGGAAAAUAUCCCGAAUGCCACCGCAGAGAAAGUGCAACGAGAAAUGCUUGGGGGAGUUGAACUUGCUUUGGGGCUCUCAAAAGGAUCUCUUCAGCUACCAUUUUACACAAGAGUGCAGUUGUGGGGUGCAGCUUUACCGAUGAACACUCCAGGAGUACCAUGCAUAUUUGAUCCCCAGGGUCGAGCAGGCAUAUGUGGUGACUGGCUCACAGGUUCCAGUAUAGAAGCGGCGGUAUUGAGUGGAAUUUCUCUUGGAGAUCAUGUCGCUGACUACUUUGCGAGCUGUGGAGAAAGACCUGAGGAGUUUGCGAUCGGUUUGGACGACAGCUUAAACCGAGUAGAAGGUCAUGACAUUGGUCAGUUCCCCGGAUUAGACUCCUCCCAGAAGCCACAGGUAGCUGAAGCUCAGCUGACAGCUACCAUAUGAACUCUGCCUUGAAGAUCUUGUACUAAUCAUUGCUGUAGCAUGUAAAUGAUGGGCAGAUUAUUUGUAUGUAGAAAAUUUUGUCAAAAGCUGAUGCCUUUGUAUUAUUAAUUUAGAAUUCCAUCUAGAUGGUGGAUCUUGGAUGAAAAAUUUAAUAGUUUAGUAUUACACUUGCUAGUCUAUGAAAAAAUCGACGGCAACGAAGGAGCGGGACUUUGUGCCAACUUAGGCUCAGUUUUGUGGCAGUUGAAUUCUGUUAUACUAUGCGUUUUAAGCUGCUGCAGGUCAGAAUUCAUAA